AUGGGAGUGUGUGCUAAUUGCAAUUGCCGUUGUGAGUUGUUAUUAUGGAAAAAUCCACUUGAAACCGGGAAAUAUUUCUUUGGUUCUUUAUUAGUUUUGUUGACUUUGAAGAAAGUUAAUUUAAUCACUUUCUUUUUAAGAGUAUUCUACACUAUUUUCUUUAUUACCGGUUCAGUUGAAUUUUUAACAAAGGCUUUCUUGGGUCAAGGUUUAGUCACUAAAUAUGGUGUUAAACAAUGUCCAAACACCGUUCUUUAUAUUAGACCAUAUAUCGAUGAAUUCUUAAAGCAAUUACCUGUGAAGCAAGCUAAAUUUAGAAAGUUAGUCUUUGCUGAAAUCCCAAAGAACACCUUCAAGGCUUCUUUGGUCACCUACUGUUUACACAAAUUGUUCUCCUGGUUUUCUUUAUGGACUUUGCUAUUCGUUGCUGAUUUAUCUAUCUUCAUUUUACCAUUAGUCUACACUAAAUAUCAAAAGGAAAUUGAAGCUACUUUAUGCAAAUUAAACAAGUGCGGCAAAGAAAAAUUGAGUCAAGGCUUUAACCAAGUCUGUGAUCAAUUAGAACCACACUUGAAGAAGAUUGGUCCAUUAAACUCCAUCUUACAAAACUUAAAGCAAAAACAACCAGCCGCUGAAGAAAAGGCUACUGAAGUUGCUGCUGAAGCUACUUCUGCUACUUCUACUGGUGUUGAAUUACCAAAGGUCCCAGAAACCAGACCAGCUACUCAAGAAUUCGAUGUUGAUCAAUUAGUUAAGGACACCGCUGCUGCCGCUGCUGCUUCUUCUCAUGCCAAACAAACUGAAGAACAAUUAUAA